UUUUUUUAUUUUUUUUUUUUAACUUUGUUAUAUAAAAAAUAUAUCCUUUUGUUGUAUACAAUCAUUUUAUAAUAGCCGAUAUUAUUUUAAUAUUAGACUUCGUAUAAACUAAACUUUUGUAGUUUCAUACAUUUUUUUUUAUUUUAAUUUAUUUAUAAAUACCUUUUAUUAUUAUUUAAUUACUUUUUUUUUAUAUUAAUCUUAAUUGAUCAUGGCUGACGAACAUCCUCGCGCCAAGGUCACUGGUGAUAUCAACACAAUCACUGUAGAAGACCUCUAUGAUAAAGACAAAUAUGAUCUCUCUACUAUGGAGCAUCAAGAUGUUAUGCAACUUUUACAAACACAACCUGAAGGUUUAACAUCAUCUGAAGCCCAAAAGCGUCAUGAAAAGUUUGGUUAUAACAAACUCGAGACAAAGGAAGUUAACCCUUUCCUUCAAUUCUUGGGCUUUAUGUGGAAUCCCCUUUCUUGGGUUAUGGAAGCUGCUGCUCUUGUCGCUAUUGCUGUGUCUAACGGUGGCGGUCAACCACCAGAUUACCCAGAUUUUAUUGGUAUUAUUAUUUUGUUGUUUGCUAACGCUACUAUUGGUUUCUUGGAAGAACGUCAAGCUGGUAAUGCUGUCAAGGCUCUUAUGGAUUCUCUUGCUCCUGAAUGUAAAGUAAAGCGUGAUGGUGAAUGGAAGACUCUUGAAGCUUCUGAACUUGUUCCCGGUGAUAUCAUUAGUAUUAAGCUUGGUGAUGUCGUUCCUGCUGAUGGUCGUUUACUUUCUGCUCAUGGUGAUGUAUCUAUUGAUCAAGCUGCUCUUACUGGUGAAUCCUUACCUGUUGGUAAAGAUGUUGGUGACGAAAUUUUCUCAGGUUCUACUGUAAAGCAAGGUGAAGCCGAAGCUGUCAUUAUUGGUACUGGUACUAAUACUUUCUUCGGUCGUGCUGCUAAACUUGUUGGUGAAGCUGGUGAUGAUACUGGUCACUUGCAAACCAUUUUGGCCAAGAUUGGUAACUUCUGUCUUUGUGUUAUUGGUCUUUUCAUGGUUAUUGUCAUUAUUGUUCAAUAUGCUGGUUUCCACUAUGCUUACAGACGUGGUAUUAACAACGUUCUUGUCUUGCUCAUUGGUGGUAUUCCAAUUGCUAUGCCUACUGUACUUUCCGUUACUUUGGCUAUUGGUGCUAAGCAACUUGCUGAACACAUGGCUAUCGUCACUCGUAUUACAGCUAUUGAAGAAAUGGCCGCUGUCACAAUUUUGUGUUCUGAUAAGACAGGUACUCUUACAUUGAACAAGCUUAUUGUUGAUAAGCCUACCAUCAAGACUUAUUCUCCUGAAUACGACGGUGAUUAUGUCAUUCGUUUGUCUGCUUAUGCCUCUCGUACUGAAAACCAAGAUGCUAUCGAUUUCUGUAUUGUCAAUUCCUUACCUGAUCCCUCUAAGGCUCGUGAUGGUAUCACUGAAUUGCAAUUCAAGCCCUUCAAUCCUGUCAUUAAGCGUACUGAAAUUACUUAUAAGCAAAAUGCAGAUGGUAAGGUGAUCCGUGUCACAAAGGGUAUGUCACACAAGAUUUUGGAUCUCUGUACUCGUGAUAAGACCGAAGCCGUUAUUCAAGCUCUUAACGAUGAUGUCGAUGAAUUCGCUCGUCGUGGUCUUCGUGCUCUUGCUGUCGCUAUUGAAGAGGUACCCUCCGGUAACUUUGAAGAUGAAGGUAAUGGUUUCAAGCUUGUCGGUCUUUUGCCCAUUUAUGAUCCUCCUCGUUCUGAUACUAAGGAAACAAUUGAUCGUGCUAUCGCUCUUGGUGUCUCUGUUAAGAUGAUCACUGGUGAUCAACUUGCUAUCGCUAAGGAAACAGGUCGUCGUCUUGGUAUGGGUGAUAACAUGUUCUUGUCAAAGACCUUGAAGGAUGGUCCCCCUGCUGGAUCUGGUUAUACUGAUACUGAUCAAAUGGUUCUUCAUGCUGAUGGUUUCGCUGGUGUCUAUCCUGAACACAAGUAUGAAAUUGUCGAACGUCUUCAAAAUAUGGGACACAUGGUUGCCAUGACUGGUGAUGGUGUUAAUGAUGCCCCCGCUCUUUCAAAGGCUAAUGUCGGUGUCGCUGUUGCUGAUGCCUCUGAUGCUGCUCGUUCUGCUGCUGAUAUCGUCUUGACUGCCCCCGGUCUCUCCACUAUUGUCGAAGCCAUCAUUGGUUCACGUCAAAUUUUCCAACGUAUGCGUAACUAUUCUAUUUAUACAUGUUCUGUUACCAUUCGUAUCGUCGUUGGUUUCUCUAUCCUUAUCUGGGCUUUCGAAUUCGAUUUCCCUCCCUUCAUGGUUUUGAUUAUUGCUAUGCUUAAUGAUGGUACUAUCAUGACUAUCUCUAAGGAUCGUGUCCGGCCUUCACCUUUCCCUAACUCUUGGAAUUUACGUGAAAUUUUCUCCUAUGCCAUCGUCUAUGGUCUUUACCUUACUGCCUCUACUGUUGUCUUUGGUUCGCUCCUAUGGAUCUUAUCAAAUUCGCUAUGCAAAGAUUAUUCGAACCCAAGACGUCGUGCCUCAGCUGUCUCUUCUUCCUCUGGUCGUUACUAUGCUAACCGUACUAAAUCUCUCAAGUCUCUUGAACGUCCUCAAAACCUUGUUCAAAAGGUCAUGGGUCAAUCCGGAAAGAAACUUGAUCCCAAGGAAAUGCGUCGUCUUUCCUCUGUACAAACCUCUCAUGCUGCUCUUUUUUUUUUUUUUUAAUAACUU